UUUGGCUAAUCGGUUCAUAUCAAAAUUAACACUUUACUUGAGUGGUCGGCGGAAGUCUUUAUAAGGGUGAGGCUUUCAGACAUUUUCCCGUAGUUGAGAAUUAAAAUGUCUAAAUCACACUUCAGCGCUCUUCUCGUCUUGCUAAGCAUUUUCCUAGGCAAAAUUGUCCGUGGUGCUCCUUUUUCCAACGAUCCUUCCGAGGUUACCGACUUUUACAAAUUGUUUAAUAAUCCCGAUGCCCACUUAUCCUUGACCACUGGUCCUAACACAAUCCAUUUCAUUGAGGAGCAUGGAUACCCUGCAGAACGGCACUAUGUGACUACUGAAGAUGGCUAUAUCAUCAGCCUAUUCCGAAUCCCGUACUCCCAUAACCUACAAAAUCAGAAUGAAAAGACACCAAUUGUGUUUAUCCAGCAUGGUCUUUUUGCAAGCUCCGAUGGAUGGCCGUGUUUGGGACCGGAUGAUGCUCUUCCCUUCCUGCUGUCCGAUGCAGGAUACGAUGUCUGGAUGGGCAACGCCCGAGGAAACAGAUACUCCAGGAAUCACACGACUCGCUCCACCAGCCAUCCAGACUUCUGGCGCUUCAGUUGGCACGAGAUUGCCUACUAUGAUAUUGCAGCAGCCAUCGAUUACACCUUGUCUACUGAAAAUGGAGAGGGACAGGAGGGCAUCCACUAUGUGGGUCACUCGCAGGGAACCACUGUGAUGUUCGUCCUGUUGUCUUCGAGGCCGGAAUACAAUGACAAAAUCAAAACGGCACACAUGCUGGCCCCAGUGGCUUUCAUGGAUCACAUGGACGACAUAAUGGUCAACACCUUGUCUCCCUAUCUGGGAUUCAACAACGUAUACUCAACACUCUUCUGCUCCCAGGAGUUCUUGCCCUAUAACGAUUUUGUCCUAGCUCUGAUGUAUAGUGUUUGUCUUCCGGGGUCAAUUGUUUCGAGUUUCUGCAGCAGCAGCAAUGAGACGACUGUUGAGCAAGGAAGAACCAAUACGACGGCCGAUUCCUUGCUGUCCGGAGUGAUGCCCGCUGGCAUUUCAACCGAUCAGGUUCUUCACUACAUGCAGGAACACCAAUCAGGACACUUCCGCCAGUUUGACUUCGGCACCAAGAAGAAUCUGAAGAUAUACGGAACCGAAUACCCUCCGGAUUAUCCCACUGAACUGAUUACAACUGAAAUGCACCUGUGGUAUUCGGACAACGAUGAGAUGUCUGCAGUUGAGGAUGUCCUCAGGGUGGCAGAAACGCUGCCCAACAAGGUGAUGCACCACAUGGAGGAUCCACUGUGGGAUCAUAUGGACUUCGCCACCAACUGGGAGGUGCGCAAGUACAUAAAUAAUCCGAUCAUAGCCAUCAUAAAUGAUUACGAGGGAAAGUAAUACGGACAUUGGCCAAAACUUAAGUGGCUUUUAGUGAUAAUUGUUUAUAUUUAAAUCCCAUUUUAAACAAAUUUCUUAUCAUCAACGGAAGCACAUCAAGUUUAAUCAUUUGACACACACUUCCUCCAUGUACAUAUCUCAUUGUUAUUAUUAUUAUUAGAUCUUAGCCGCCUCUUGUUAUUGUUAUCAAAAACCAAUUUUCCCACCUACGAAACCAGUAGUAGCCAUAAAUUAUACAACUGUAGCGCUUAACAUCUA